ACACACCAGAGAGAUGCCGCUUCCGUGCUGCCUCCGCCAUUUCCUCGGACGAUGACGGCUUACGACGAUUAUGGGAUGCCAGUGGAUGCAUACGGGGAACCCGAAAGUUUAGCGCAUCAAGCAUGGCGAGUCGCGCGCGCAUUCGUUUUAUACCGUCUGAAGCCGCGCUGGAACGAAUCCAGAAGGAGAUGGCGUUGGAGGAGCAUUCUAAGUGUAGGAAGGAUACUGAUUGUUAUUUGGCUGGUUGCACUGUACUACGGUGAAAGAGGCGUGUUUAAGAGCAGCGUUGCCUCUUGCGAAUGGGAGAGAUGGGAGAACUGGCACAGCGAUGCAAAUCCACAUAGAGUCGUCUUUAUCGCCGACCCGCAGCUCGUCGACCCUCACACCUAUCCCGGCCGUCCGUGGCCUCUGAAUACUCUUACAGUCCAGUUCACUGAUCAGUACCUUCGCCGAACCUACUCGCGGAUACAACAAGUGCUAUAUCCAGACACUGUCAUAUUUCUCGGAGAUUUAUUUGACGGCGGAAGGGAAUGGUCUACACGGACAUCCAAGAGUCCUGAGCAGCAAUACCGGAAAUAUGGGGAUAGCUUCUGGUUAAGGGAAUAUGCACGCUUUUCGAAUAUCUUUUUCGCUCAUUUUGGAGAUGGAGGUUUGGAUCCCAGACCGGGGCAGCCCGGAAGGAAAAUCAUCAGCAGUUUGCCGGGGAACCAUGAUCUGGGUUUUGGGAAAGGGAUUCAGGCAGCUGUUCGGAAGCGCUUCAACGCUUAUUUCGGUGACGGUAACAGGGUCGACAUUAUCGGAAACCAUACUUUCGUGUCCCUGGAUUCGGUAUCAUUGAGUGCGCUGGGACAAGCAAAUCCCGAAUCCGCGGAAGAGCUUUGGAGACCUACUGUGGAUUUCUUGGAUGGCGUAAGGAGGCAAAAGAAGAGGUUGGCACAGGAGGAGCUGAGGGUGAGAAGGGGAUUGAAACGGACUGCACCCUUUCCUCACCAUUGCAUCGAAGCUGACGCGCUUGCCAAAGCCGAACUACCGAAAUUGCAGGACGAGGCCAGGGAGUUUCCCACCAUUCUUCUUUCCCACGUACCGCUUUAUCGGGAUGAGGGUACUCCUUGCGGACCACUACGCGAACACUGGCCACCUACUCCACCACCCAAAGGCCAGAAAGAACCCCUGGAAAAGGAUGACCGGAACGCAAUUGCUGUUAGAGGAGGUUACCAGUACCAAAACGUCCUCCAUCGUGAGAUUACAAAGGACCUCACUGAGAAAAUCGGCAACAUAGGAUACGCCUUCUCGGGCGAUGACCACGACUACUGCGAAGUAGUUCACCGAGGUUAUGCUUCCGCUGGCGGGGGCAUAAGGGAAAUCACGGUCAAGUCAAUCUCCUGGGCCAUGGGCGUAAGAAAACCAGGUGUUGUUCUUGUCAGUCUAUGGAAUCCCGUCGACGAGCAAGGGAAUCCGGUAGAGAAAGGUCUUGCUGCUCCCACACUUCAAACGCAUCUAUGUCUGCUUCCAGACCAACUCGGCAUCUUCAUUCGCUACGCCAUGCUAUUCCUCCUGACAUUGUUUGUACUAAUUGUUCGAGCUGCCCUGGUUGCUUCAGGCAGAUUGUCACCGAAAUUGGAAGUUGGCGAUGCACCUCUUCUUCCCACAAUCAAACCUACACCUCCGGCGGAGAAAGGAUCUGUUGAAUCCCAUCAGAACGGCGUUUCUCAUACCACAACUUCCUCCAACUCUUCUGCCACGUCCGACCGCGGAACUCUCCAAGUGCGCAACCCGAAUGUCCGCACCCGCAGCACGAGUCCGGGAGGUGGAUAUGCUCUGCCUACAUCACAAUCACAGUACACGUACCCGCUCAUCCAACACGCGGGAUAUUAUGGAACAGAUGAUGGUCACGACCGAGGUGGAAAUAGUAAGAAAGAGGUGAAGAUCUGGGGUACUGCGGGACAGCAGAAGAGGCCUAGGAAGAAGGGAGUUGCGUUGUUCGUCCAUGAAUUAUCGCAGAGCGUGCUUGGUGUAGGAGCUGUGGUGUUUGCUUGGUACUUCUGGUUAAUCUGGAGAUGGUAGCGUAAGUAAGGUUCUUCGUCAUGGGAGCAGAGCAUGGAGUUCAGGAGUUUUGGAUUGUGGGAUUGGUUUGGUCAAUGGAAUAAUGCAUGGGUAGUGUAAGAGUAUCAUGAGGAAUAGAGAAUUACG